AUGCGAAUAACAGUCCAAGAAAACGCUGUUUCUUUCUCUUUUCCUUUAACCUCAGCCCCUCUAUCGAAAAACUCUUCUUAUAAAGCAAUUUUAAGGGCUUCUCUUUUUUCAUCUCAUCCUCGUAAAGCACUGGUGCAGAAGGCAGUUCCAGGGCCAUCGUCAUACAACUACAAAUCAUCAUUCAAGUAUUCAAUGGCUCUGAUUGUUUCACUCCCGAUUGGGACCCCACCUCAGACUCAACAAAUGGUUUUGGAUACUGGCAGUCAACUUUCAUGGAUUCAAUGCCACAGGAAGUUACCUAAAAGGCCACCUCCACCUCCCACGACGUCGUUUGAUCCUUCUCUUUCAUCUUCUUUCUCUGUUCUACCUUGUAACCACCCCAUCUGCAAGCCGCGAAUUCCCGAUUUUACCAUCCCAACUUCCUGUGACCAGAACCGGUUGUGCCACUAUUCUUACUUCUAUGCGGAUGGGACACUGGCUGAGGGCAAUCUAGUCAGAGAAAAAUUUACAUUUUCUAGUUCGCAAAGUACACCUCCGCUGAUUCUUGGAUGUGCAACGGAAUCCGCCGAGGCGGAGGGUAUUUUGGGGAUGAAUCUUGGACGUUUGUCGUUUAUCUCCCAAGCUAAGAUAUCAAAAUUUUCUUAUUGUGUGCCAGUAAGACAGGGCCGCGUCCAAACAAUGCCCACAGGAACAUUUUAUCUUGGCCAAAAUCCCAACUCACAUACAUUUCAAUAUAUCGGUCUUUUGACUUUCCCUCAAAGUCAACGCAAGCCCAAUCUCGAUCCCCUAGCCUUCACCGUUGCUCUACUAGGGAUAAAAGUUGGUGGGAAAAAACUGGACAUCUCCGAAUCGGUUUUCCGGCCAGAUGCAGGCGGUUCCGGUCAGACAAUGAUCGAUUCUGGAACCCAAUACACAUUUCUAGUGGACGCGGCUUACUCUAAGGUAAGGGAAGAAGUAGCGAGAUUAGUAGGUCCAAAAUUGAAGAAAGGGUACGUGUAUGGAGGUUCAUUGGACAUGUGCUUUGAUGGCAACCCAAUCGAAAUCGGACGGUUAAUAGGUGACCUGACUUUCCAAUUCGAAAAGGGUGUAGAAAUAUUAAUCAACAAGGAGAGAAUAUUAGAUCACGUAGAAGGUGGGAUCCACUGUGUAGGUCUUGGACGAUCCGAAUCCCUUGGAGUUGCAAGUAACAUCAUAGGUAAUUUUCAUCAACAAAAUCUAUGGGUGGAAUUUGAUAUGACCAAUCGUCAAGUUGGGUUUGGUAAAGCUGAUUGUAGCAAAACCGUGUGA